GAUCCAAGCGGUGAAGCACACAAAGAGAAAUCUCCUUGUUUUCUGCUUCUAUUGCCUACGAAGAACAGAGCACCAGCUCUGAUGCUGUUGAGUCAGAUUGUAAAUUGACAUCAAGACUUGGAAUAAGAGCCAUACCUGACAUUAAACCACACAAAUUCAAGAGCAAAGGAGAAGACAGCAACAGAUAUGCCAAAUGCACUAAAAAUGCACUGAAUCCAACAGUAAGACUGCAAAUCUUUUUGUACUAAUCCCACUACCUAGGAGGAGAUAUGCCUUGAUACAUCACCAGCAAGCUCAUGGUCCGAACCAGCCGCUCUAGUGCCUAAUCCCAAAACUCCUGCUUCUGAAAGACAGACAACUUUUCACAAUGCGUUACAAGAAACUGGAAAUUCUAUAUUCCAAGCAAGCAUCAGUAACCCUGGAUUAACACACAAACUUCCCAGCAGACACCAACAUUCCCCCUCUCAUGCAGGGAUAAACCACCUGCUGUUGGAAAAGCCAGUAGAAAACUUGCUCUUUUUGGAAAGCAGCACUUGCAAAGACCAAGAUUAUACAACCCCUUGCAGAUCAAUUUGGAAGGAGAACCAAAGCAUCUCACCUUCCGAAGGAGGUGGCCUACUAGAAGCAGCAGCCAAGGAUUUUGAGAACAAAAUAGAAGAUUGGUGGCCAUGUAAAAUACAAGUCUAGUGCUUGUUAUCAUUAUGAUAGUAACUAUGGUUUACAAAGGCUUAUUAUUUGCAGUCUGCUAACUCUGUGAAACAGAUUGAGGACAAGAGGAUAGCAUUUCCUCCUGAAUUUUACACAGAAGUCAUAUCACCAUCUGUCUUCUUUUGACCUACUUUUUGAGACCAGUGAGGUAAGACAUUGAAGUUGAAAGUAAAUAGAAAAAAAUGUAGCAAAGUUGACAGCAAUGACUGAGAUUUAUUUCAAAUUCCAUGGAAACUUGACUGGACGCAUUCACUAUCCAACUCUGGCUACAGAAGUAGACAAAGCAGCAGAUAAAUAUUCUGGUCUCUAUGUGUAUGUGGGAUUGUUCUUAACAGUUCUGGCUAUCCUUCUCAUAUUGCUUUUCACCUUGCUUUUGCGCCUGAAGCAUGUUGUUUCCCCAGUCACCACACCUCCAGAGAGCACUGAGAAUGGCCAGCAGUUCACAGAUGUGGAAAUGCACUUCAGGAUUCCUACCACUUAGAGACCCCCAUGAAAAGAUGUGGUGGAAGGAACUUCUGCCCACCUGUAUGAGCCCUGUAACUUCCUGCAUAACCAUCAACAGCAGCACAAAAGACCUGGUGUCAUGAACUCAGACACUGACUGGCUGGGACCCACUGGCUGUUCACCAGGCAACGCGUGCAAGACCCUCAAUAAAACUUACAUUAUGAAAAUCA